AUAAGGUGAAUUAUAAUGUUAUAUAAACAUUAAUAGUGUUCGUUCUUUUAUUUUUUAUAGAUAAAUCUUUACUUGUAUGUACCUAUAAACUUUUCACCAGAAAAAAUAUCUGGAUGUCAGCUCUGAGGCGAGAAGUGUUGUCUCUUUACAAAAAUAUCCUUCGAACUGGCAAGAACUGGGAAGCAGCUUCUGGAAAACCACAGCAUACUGAAUCAGAAAGAAAAUAUAUAAUUAAUGAAGCAAAGGAAUUGUUUCGUAAAAAUAAAAAUCUGAAAAAUGAAGAAGAAAUCAAGUCCAGAUUGAUGGAGGCUGACAGCCGACUGCAAAUGGCUCUGCACUACCGAAUACCCUACCCACGCCCAGUCAACUUACCUCCUCAGGCCUUGGUCAGUCCACUUGGCAAGAAGCUAAAAGAACAGAGUAGACUACGGAAACGAUCGAGGCCCGUAUACAUAAAAUCUUUAGAUUCUGAGACUUAAACGUAUUUGUACGGCAGAACAUCUUUCUAACAAAUAAAAGCAUGAUAACAGUGAACCUUAUGUUACUUUUCAGUCGAUAGAUAAUAAUUAUAGCAUUAUGAAUAUUAGUGCUGUAAAGUGUAGUGGAGUGUCAAAACAAAGCUUAGCAAUUUUCCAAUUUUUUGAAAUAAAAAUAAUAAUAAUAUUUAGUUCACAGUAGUAAUUGCAUCGUAUAGUUUUGUAUGUAUUAAAAAUAAACAAAUGUUGUAAACUUUU